CGCAUCAAAUCAACACGAAUGAUUAGCUGACUUAGCUUAUCCAGAUAUCCUCUGCAUAAAGUAUAUAACUUGAACCCGAUCUUAACCAAGUGCCCAGCAUCGACCGUGCUCUCCCAGUGGGGGCGAGACUCUAGAAAUCGCAUUUCUCCAGCAUGAUCUUGGGGCCAGAACUCUAAGGAAGAUUUCACAGUCGUCGAUUUAUGCAUGAUGGUAUGCCCCGUCAGCAUGGCACACUGCAUGGCUAUGCCCUUCCCGAAUGGGGGCCAGCGCUCAGCCCACCACGGUGCCCAUUGAAAGAUACAAAUGCGCUCUACAGCGACCCUCACCGGCCAUUCGAUUGCCUUCUGCUUGUUGUUUCAGAAUGGCCUUCAAGCUCUAUGCUUGAUCAUCACUCUCCAACUGUGGAUGAGCGGGUCUCGUCGCAGUCACACCGGCCUCUGGCUCUGGGACUGUGUAUCGCGCUACUCAUUCUAAAUGUUGCCGCGGGCAUUCGAAUAAAUACGCAAUGUUGGCUUUACAAGUGUCAUUUCGCACAAAAAUAUGCGCUUAGAGUAUCUCUGAUAUUUGACAGUCUUGUUUCCAUUGCACCCUAGUCAGCACGCAUUGUGGAAUAGGUCUUCAUGUAUAUGAGAUCUAAUUCAGCUUCUGUCUCC